AUGCUGAAAAAAGUGGGACCUGAUGCUGCAGGAAAAGCUGCUCAGCAGGGCCAGGACAUCACUCCCGAGAACGAGAGCGUACUAUCUCUAGAAGACAUACAAGAUGCAGAAGAAGACACUAACUACGAAUACGAUGAGGAGUCAACAUCGGUCAAUGAAUAUCGAAAUAUGCCUCCUGAAAGUGACCACCCGCAAGUAAGUGGUGCUGGAUGUCGUGGGCUCUAUGUGUGUCGUGAGUUCCUACAGCUUGCAGCAGUGUUACAACCUGAAGAAAUCUUUAUCGAGAUCGAUCCUUUUCGCCUGACGCGAAUGGGCCUCAUUCCUGGAGUGUCGUAUUCGCACCGUAUUUUUUACGGCUAGCAACAUUAGUUACUAAGUAUAAAUCUAUCUACUUAAUCAUCCAUGUGGGAGCGGGAAUCGUACCCCAAGCCGCUUAUCAGAAUGGCACUCGUGAAGGAGAGAAGCAGUUUUUUUCACGUUUUUCAUUUUGUUCCUCGAGAUUAUAGAUACCCUAUCAUGUGUAGGGAUGGAUCAGAGCCCGGCGUAGCUCUUCUAAUAUAAGGCAGAUACUGGUGAGGCUGAAGGGGUCCAGGUGAGAGCUUUUUCUCCUUCCAUCCUCGUGCCGCCAGAAUACCACUACGCCUUCACUGGAGAGCCUCAAAGUAUCGAGUAUCUCUACCCGACUGCGACCGGUUCAGCCGGGGAACUCUUUUGUGGUGCAAGGGGGGAGAAAAUACAACUACUUAAGAAUGGGUCAAAUCAAGAUCGAUUCGAGCAUUCAAGCACUAGAGGUAGAGAGAAUGACAAACACAAACCGACUAUUAUGCCUUGUUUUACGCUCGUUGUAUGAAGAUGUCUAUGGCAAGUCUCGCACUUAAGCUUAACUGUUAUUCAUUUCCAAUAUCUCUAAGGUCUGCACAGACAGCAAAGAUUUUGUGGGGAAUUUUUUUCCUCCGACUGCUGAUGGC